UGACCUUCCCAACAACCGGGUGAAGUGGUGGACAAGACUGACAAAGGCACAAUUGCAUCCACCACAACUGCGGAAGUAUCUCGUGUUUCAAGUGGGGCUUUUACAUUCGCAUAUACCAGAUCUUUCAGUAUAUAGGAGUCCUUUCGUCUUGUAAUCUGAUGAGAUACUCGUUGGAAAAAGUGUGUGUAGGAUUCUACAUUCUAUUUCCACAGAAACACAAAAUUCACCCACCCACAUACAUUCUCUCUAUCCCUCACAAGCCCUCAGAAACGAAGAUAAAUAAUACCAUGUUCCUCCCACCAUCAACCCACCCCCUCAUCACUCUGAUAACUCUCACCCUUUUCACCUCUACAACAACAACCGCGCAAAACUUCCCCUUCGAAGCAAUCCAACUCACAGAAGCAGACACCCUCACCAACCCCUCCCUCCGCUUCGGCAACGCCACCAACCCCCUCCUCCCCUCUAACCCCUGCAAAACCACGCCUGAAGACCCGGACUGGCCCACCGAAGCAGAAUGGUCGAGCUUCAACAACACAUUAGACGGGGCGCUGUUGAAACCUGCUCCACUUGCGAGUCCAUGCUAUGAGGGACCGGACUAUAAUGCUGCGAGGUGUGCGUCGUUGAAGAGUGGGUGGGGGAAUAUGGCGUUGCAUGCGAACCAUCCUAUUUCUGUGUGCUCGCAGUGGGCUACUGGCGAUGCUUGUGUGCCGACUAGCAGUCCGAAUUCGACGUGUAGUCAGGGCGGAUAUCCGGUUUACGUCGUCAACGCAACAACAGUUAGACAUGUCCAAAUGGCCGUCAAUUUUGCACGGAACAAAAAUAUCAGGGUAGUCGUCAAAAACUCGGGCCACGACUACAACGGCCGCAACAUCGGCGCCCACUCCCUCGGCAUCUGGGUUCACAACCUCAAAGGCACAGCAUACCAUGCCAACUUCCAAACCUCAGAUUACACCGGUCGAGCGGUCGCAGUCGGCGGCGGGACUCAAGCUGCAGACGUAUAUCCCAUUCGAACAACCUACAACACCACCAUUAUGCUACCGGGUGGCAGUACCGUUGGGGUCGCAGGCGGAUAUGCCCAAGGAGGAGGCCAUUCUAGCUAUUCCAGCAUCUACGGGCUCACAGCUGAUAACGUGUUGAGGAUCUAUGCCGUGACUGCAGACGGGAGAUUCGUCACUGCGGAUUCUGAGACGAAUGCGGAUCUGUUUUGGGCGUUUAGAGGGGGUGGGCCUGGAAACUUCGGCAUCGUGACAUCCAUGCUCAUCGCCGCUUUCCCAAACACACCCUCCACCUCCCGCUCCAUCACCUUCUCCACUUUACCCUCUAGACCAGGCUCCUCCGCCCCAUCUCUCGACACGGAAACGUUCUGGGAAGGCGUCAAGGCGUACUGGGGGUUCUGCAUCGCCAUCUGCGAAGAAGGAGGAUUAGGGUAUAACUUCAUCCGGCACGGUUCGUCGGGUGGAAGAACAGGGUUAACGUUUACGACGAGCAUAUCCCUCCCUUUCCACUCAUCAUCAGAAACGCGGGAUUUCCUGCAGCCGCUUCUAGAUCAACUGGAUGAGCUCGGCAUCUCGUCUUCAGCAGCUCUAUCGGAAACGAGCGAGGAACCUGCCUCUCCUCCUCCACCGCAAGACGAACCAUACGCCUCCGCUCUAGGCGAGCAAAUCCACAACACGCUCCUAGCAUCGCGGCUCUUCCUGACUCCAAACUUCGCCACCCCGUCCGCCCUGUCCGAAACAAACCUCGCGAUCCGCACGUUUGUCGAAAAGGGGGGUUAUGAUUUCCACGGCCAGAAUUAUAACCCGUCGACCGCAACGCAGGCAUACUCGACGCAGAACGCAGUUCUCCCGGCGUUCCGCUCCGCGAUCAUGCAUGCUCAGGGCUAUCUCCCGUCGCAGCACUGGGACGGCACGUCUCCGCAGCUCGAACCGGCUGAGCAAGCGGCGCAGCAUAAACGGUUGCAGGAGUUCAUGCAGGGGUGGCGGGAUAUUACGCCCGGGAGUGGGAGUUAUGUGAAUGAGGGGGAUGCGCAGAGUGCGUUGUGGAAGGAGGAGUUUUUUGGGGGGAAUUAUGAGAGGUUGGAGGGGGUUAAGGGGAAGGUGGAUCCUUGGGGGGUUUUUUGGGUGUUAGGGGGUGUGGGGUCGGAUGGGUGGGAGGUCAGAGGGGGAGUUGGCGGUGGGAGGGAUGGGCUUUAUACGCAGGAUGGGGUGUUGUGUAGGGUGGAGUGAU